AUGGUCAGAUUCAAGAAUCGUUGGAUUCUGGUCGAGUUCAUACCUUGCGUGUCUUCUCCACCAGGUAACAUCUCCAGCACCGCCGCCGGGCUCGGCGCAAGCGACGUCGAGACGAACAGCAAGCAGAUCUGGAGCUCGUUGAAGCAGAGUAUCAUCACACAUUUUGGUGACACAGGCUGGGGCGCAGUUGGCGCGUCUCUCACAGGUGCGUUUGCUGAAUUCGUUAAAUACUACUCCCCGCGAACCAAUGUAUGCAUCAUUCGCGUCGCACGCGACCAGCAUAACAUUGCAUGGGCCGGAGUGACGUUACUUUCCUCUAUCGAAGGACGGAGGUACAUCCCGAACGUGGUCCACGUCUCCGGCACAAUCAAGCAAGCACAAAUCGCUGCGAUACGGCACAACAGAACGGUAGUUGCACGAUAUAGGGCAUUGGCGAAGAUUCCUGUGGGAUAUCAAGAUUCAUACGAACAAUUUCUCGAAAUUAGCGCACAAGAAAUCGAAGCUUUGCAAGAUUGA